UGAUUUCAAAAGAGGUUGGCAUUAUUGGAGUCCUUUCGUCUUGUGUCUGCUUGCGCACAACAACACGAGCGAGAGGUUAGCUGUAUUUACAUGGUCUAAAGUCAGGUAAAAGCAGUUUGACGUUCGCUCCCACUUGAUCUUAAAUAGACGAUGCCAGAUAAAGACACCCCUCCAUCUUCUCCUCAUUAUGGAGCAGAAAUGGACGAAGGCGAAGAAGAAGAAUUCUUUGAGGUGAAUGAAGAUGAGUUAGAAGAAAUUCUUGGCCUUAAUGAACAUCCUGAUGUUGACGAUGAUGAUGAAGACGAUGAUGAUGCCAUUGAUAGUGAACCAGUGCUUGGACCUGUUCCAGAAAGAGAGGAUGCAUCAAUGGUCUUUUCUGAACAUUCUGGCUCUGUAUUUUGUUGUCAUAUAGAACCAAAUAGGGGUAAAUUAGCUGUGACAGGCGCUCAGGAUGAUAAAGCUUACAUAUGGGAAACAGACAGUGGAAAAGUGCUCUUGGAAUGCACUGGUCAUCAGGAUUCUGUAACUGCCGUGGAGUUUAGUCAUGAUGGAAACUAUGUGGCAACUGGUGACAUGGCUGGACAUAUUCAAGUUUGGCGGACAAACACCUUACAGAAAGUGUGGGACUAUGCCAUGGGUGAUAUGACAUGGAUGAGAUGGCACCAUGGGACAAAUGUUCUCAUGGCUGGAGCUGCUUCCAGUGAAGUUUACAUGUGGAAAUUACCUGGUGGAGAUUGCAAAGUGUUUGGUGGAAGUGGAGAAAAAAGUGAUUGUGGUGUUAUCUUACCAGAUGGAAAGCGUGCUUGUGUUGGGUAUUCUGAUGGUACUCUCAAGCUUCUGGACCUCAAAUCCGGAACAGUCACAAAGUCAAUGUCUACCAGUGAAGAUGGUACCAUAUCAGACAUAGCUGCUCAUCAUGACAACAAUUUAAUUUUGGCUGGUGUGAAUGGAAAAGCUGUGGUUGCCAGUUCCAAUCAAGGCAAAGUACUGUCUACUUUACUCACACAAGUUCCUGGAGGAACUGAAGAACAAAAUGUUGAGGCUGUUGCUUUUAGUUCUGACACUGCUAUGCCAUUAGCUGCAUAUGGAACUCUAGAAGGCUAUCUUUUCAUAUGGGAUCUUGCACAUCAGUCUCAAAGGCACAUUGUUCACCAACAAGGAGCCAUAACAAAACUUGUAUGGGAUGUUGAAAGGCCAUCAGUCUACACUGCUGGAACUGAUGGAAUUGUGCGUCAUUAUGAUGUGCGAUCUGGUGUUCUAGCUCAAGAGUGGCUCGGUCAUCGUGCUGACAUACUAGACCUCUCUCGAUCGAAAGAUGGACGUUACCUUCUUACAGCAUCAGAUGACAAAACAUCCAGAAUAUUUAAACUUAAUUGAGAAUUAGGUUUAAUUGUGUACGCAAAUUAAAUAAAUAUGACCAUCUUGUGAUA